AUGGCCUCGGGCGACACGCUGUACAUCGCCACGGACGGCUCGGAGAUGCCGGCCGAGAUCGUGGAGCUGCACGAGAUCGAGGUGGAGACCAUCCCGGUGGAGACCAUCGAGACCACGGUGGUGGGCGAGGAGGAGGAGGAGGACGACGACGACGACGACGGCGCCGAGCACGGCGCGCACCCCCACGCGCACCACCACCACCACCACCACCACCACCCGCCCAUGAUCGCGCUGCAGCCGCUCGUCACCGACGACCCGAGCCAGGUGCACCACCACCAGGAGGUGAUCCUGGUGCAGACGCGCGAGGAGGUGGUGGGCGGCGACGAGGCGGACGGGCUGCGCGCCGAGGACGGCUUCGAGGACCAGAUCCUCAUCCCGGUGCCCGCGCCGGCCGGCGGCGACGACGACUACAUCGAGCAGACGCUCGUCACCAUGUGGGAGGAGAAGCAGGUGCAGAUCAAGACGCUGGAGGGCGAGUUCUCGGUCACCAUGUGGUCGUCAGAUGAGAAAAAAGAUGUUGACCAUGAGAUGACGGUGGUUGAAGAACAGAUCAUUGGAGAGAACUCGCCUCCCGAUUACUCAGAGUACAUGACAGGGAAGAAGCUGCCUCCUGGUGGGAUUCCUGGCAUCGACCUUUCGGAUCCCAAACAGCUUGCAGAAUUUGCUAGAAUGAAGCCAAGAAAAAUUAAAGAAGAUGACGCUCCAAGAACAAUAGCUUGCCCUCAUAAAGGCUGCACGAAGAUGUUCAGGGACAACUCCGCCAUGAGGAAGCACCUGCACACACACGGUCCCCGCGUCCACGUCUGCGCAGAGUGUGGCAAAGCCUUCGUCGAGAGCUCAAAGCUGAAACGGCACCAACUGGUUCAUACUGGAGAGAAGCCUUUUCAGUGCACGUUCGAAGGCUGUGGGAAGCGCUUUUCACUGGACUUCAAUUUGCGCACACAUGUGCGAAUUCACACCGGAGACAGGCCCUAUGUGUGCCCCUUCGACGGUUGUAAUAAGAAGUUUGCUCAGUCAACUAACCUGAAAUCUCACAUCUUAACACACGCUAAGGCCAAAAACAACCAGUGA